GCCCCCAGCCCUACCAGUCGCUCGUCCUGCCCCCAGGCCCGGCCCCCGACGGCCGCGCGUUGAGAUGGCUUUCCGCUAUCUCCUGAACGUCAGUUUCGAGGGACCCUGCUCCGACAGCAGCGCCGGGAGCUCCAGCGCGGGCGGUGGCGGGGGUGGCGCGGGCGGCGCGGCUGCCUCGGAGGGCCGGGCGGUGGACGGCGUGCGGGUGACCGCAGGCGGUGGCAGCGGCGGCGGCGUGGUGGGCGCGGGCAGCGGCGAGGACAACCGGAGCUCCACUGGGGAGCCCGGGGGCACCGGCGCCGGCGGCGAGGUGAACGGCACGGCGGCCGUCGGGGGGCUGGUGGUGAGUGCGCAGGGCGUGGGCGUGGGCGUCUUCCUGGCCGCCUUCAUCCUCAUGGCCGUGGCGGGCAACCUGAUGGUCAUUCUCUCCGUGGCCUGCAACCGCCACCUGCAGACGGUCACAAACUAUUUCAUUGUGAACCUGGCCGUGGCCGACCUGCUGCUGAGCGCCACGGUGCUCCCCUUCUCGGCCACCAUGGAGGUUCUGGGCUUCUGGGCCUUCGGCCGGGCCUUCUGCGACGUGUGGGCCGCCGUGGAUGUGCUGUGCUGCACGGCCUCCAUCCUCAGCCUCUGCACAAUCUCGGUGGACCGGUAUGUGGGCGUGCGCCACUCGCUCAAGUACCCAGCCAUCAUGACCGAGCGCAAGGCGGCCGCCAUCCUGGCGCUGCUCUGGGCUGUAGCCCUCGUGGUGUCUGUGGGGCCGCUGCUGGGCUGGAAGGAGCCGGUGCCCCCUGACGAGCGCUUCUGUGGCAUCACGGAGGAGGCGGGAUACGCUGUUUUCUCCUCCCUGUGCUCUUUCUACCUGCCUAUGGCCAUCAUUGUGGUCAUGUACUGCCGCGUGUAUGUGGUAGCGCGAAGCACCACGCGCAGCCUGGAGGCGGGAGUCAAGCGCGAGCGGGGCAAGGCCUCAGAGGUGGUGCUGCGCAUCCACUGUCGCGGCGCAAGCACUGGCUCAGACGGAGCCCACGGUGGGAUGCGCAGCGCCAAGGGCCACACCUUCCGCAGCUCACUGUCGGUGCGUCUGCUCAAGUUCUCCCGUGAGAAGAAGGCAGCCAAGACGCUGGCCAUCGUCGUGGGCGUCUUCGUGCUCUGCUGGUUCCCCUUUUUCUUCGUCCUGCCACUGGGCUCCCUUUUCCCACAGCUGAAGCCCUCAGAGGGCGUCUUCAAGGUUAUCUUCUGGCUGGGCUACUUCAACAGUUGCGUGAACCCGCUCAUCUACCCUUGCUCCAGCCGGGAGUUCAAGCGGGCCUUCCUCCGCCUCCUGCGCUGCCAAUGCCAUCGUAGUCGCCAGCACCACCGCCCCCUCUGGAGCAUCUACGGUCACCACUGGCAAGCCUCGAAUGGCGGCCCGCGCCCUGACUACAGUCCUGGCCCAGGCGCCGCACCCUCCGGGGCCCUGCUGGCCCUCACCGCGCCCUCAGCCCCCGGUUCCCCAGGCACACCCAAGGCGCAGGCUCCGGUCGUCGGCCGUCGAAAGCCGCCCUGCGCCUUUCGCAAGUGGAGGCUUCUCGUGCCGUUCCAGAGACCCACCACCCAGCUGCAUGCCAAGGUCUGCAGCCUGUCGCAAAAGAAGCACGCCAGAGAGGCUGCGUGCGCCCUGCACUUGGAGGUGGAAGCUGUGUCCUUAGGCGUCCCCAGUGAUGCAGCUGAGGGCACCACCUGCCAGGCCUAUGAACUGGCAAACUCUAGCCAUCUCCGGGAGACUGAUAUUUAAGGACCCCUGAGUUAGGCCGAGGAGUGUGCUGGGGAUGGGAGAAGGGUGUGGAGAUGGAGGCUGGCUUUGUUCAAGAGGCUGGUGAGAAUCAAGGACCCAGAAACUGAUCAGGGAGACUGCUCUCCAGAAUCCUUGAGGAACUGAGGUGUGGGUGAAGCCCUUGAAGGGUGGAAAGUUAUGGGCUCCCCCUCCUGGACACAGAUGCCCCCAGCUCCUCCUUUCAAGGGAGAGGCUGAGGGCUCCUUGGGGCCAUUUGCUUCCAAUCCCUGUUUGAGAAACACUGCCCCAUCCAUGACUUGAACCCUGGGUAGAUGGCCCCAAGUAUGGCCAGGCAGCCCUGUCCCUCCUCUUGGGGAGGAAAGGGCACAGAGGCCCUGCCUGGCUGCCCCCAAUGCCUCCCCUCCGGAAAAAGUCAGUGGGGCCAAAGCUUCUCAAUGGACACAAUUUAUCCUUACUGUAGACUGAAGGAAUCCAGUGGCCUACCAUUGCCACCCACAAGCUUUGGUGGCAGAUUGGAUGACUGUCCUACAAGCCUGUUGUAUUAACCUGUGGGCCCACUUUGCCCUACUGAGGCUCCGCCCUGCCCCUCACUUUGUCUCCCCAAGGGCCUUACUGUUUACACUGUAUAUAGCUCCUUGUGC